CACAAAUCUCUCUUGGCCUAAAAUUAUGCAGCACCCCUUCACACCCCAUUCCUCAUAGCCAUCUCCUCUCCUCUUGACCCCAUUUCGGUGCUUAACCAAACUCACCAUAAUAUCAGUUCAUCCACAACAAUGUCGGCCUACUGCGGCAAGUACAAAGAUGAGCUCAUAAAGAAUGCUGCCUACAUUGGCACCCCGGGCAAGGGUAUCCUCGCUGCGGACGAGUCCACUGGCACCAUCGGCAAGCGCUUCGCCAGCAUCAAUGUUGAGAACGUCGAGGAUAACCGCCGUGCCUUCCGCGAGCUCCUCUUCUGCACCCCUGGCGCCCUCCAGUACAUCAGCGGCGUGAUCCUCUUCGACGAGACCCUCUACCAGAAGACCAAGGAUGGCAAGCCCUUCGUCGAUGUCCUCAAGGAGGCCGGUGCCCUCCCCGGCAUCAAGGUGGACAAGGGCACCAUCGAGGUCGCCGGCACCGACAAGGAGACCACCACCCAGGGCCACGAUGACCUCGGCAAGCAAUGCGCCAAGUACUACGAGGCCGGUGCCCGCUUCGCCAAGUGGCGUGCCGUCCUCAAGAUCGGACCCAACCAGCCCUCCCAGCUUGCCAUUGAUCUGAACGCCCAGGGCCUUGCUUGCUACGCCAUCAUCUGCCAGGAGAACGGGCUGGUGCCGAUCGUCGAGCCGGAGAUCCUCGUCGAUGGCCCUCACGACAUCGAUCGAUGCGCGUACGUCUCCGAGGUGGUCCUCGCCGCGUGCUACAAGGCGCUGAACGAGCACCAUGUCCUCCUCGAGGGCACCCUCCUGAAGCCCAACAUGGUCACCCCGGGUUCCGACGCCAAGAAGGUGGCGCCGGAGGUCAUCGCGGAGUACACCGUCCGCACCCUCCAGAGGACCGUCCCUCCUGCUGUGCCGGCCAUCGUCUUCCUCUCCGGUGGACAGAGCGAGGAGGAGGCGACGCUGAACCUGAACGCCAUGAACAAGCUCAGCGCCAAGAAGCCGUGGUCGCUGUCCUUCUCCUUUGGCCGUGCCCUGCAGCAGAGCACGCUCAAGGCCUGGGCUGGCAAGACGGAGAACGUAGAGAAGGCCAGGGCGGCCUUCCUCGUCAGGUGCAAGGCCAACUCCGAGGCUACCCUGGGUACUUACAAGGGUGAUGCUGUCCUCGGCGAGGGCGCUGCUGAAAGCCUGCACGUCAAGGACUACAAGUACUGAUCUGCAUCAGGCGCUGGCCUGCUAUGGCUUGGCUACCUGAUCGAUUUCCCAUUCUGGGGCCGUUACAUAAUGCGGUUUUGAUAUCUAGAGGCUCUAACAGGAUUCACAAUUUCGGAUCGGAAUUUCAGAAUUUUUCCCUUUCCGAUAGAUCGAACCCUGGAGCACAAUAUAUCUGUGGUUAUCUAAAAGCCUUGUCUUAAUAAUCCAGAACCUUUUUUUUUCUUGUAAAAUAUUUGCUGAUGAACAUCAGCUGGCCCGGAGUUUUUAUUUUUAUCAAUCACUUUGUAACUGUCUGAUUUGCCCGGUGCUGUGUGAUUUUGUUGAAUGAAAUUAACUUCACUUCUUUGAGUUUA